GUCAAAGCUUUCUUGUUUCUACUUUAAUCCCACGUGAACAAGGGCACAGCAAAUCUCCGGAAGCUUUUAUCUUUGAAAUAAGAACUUAUUGCGUCUGUGACCGUGAGCGUGCCAGUCGUAGAGAGAAAAAAUGGAUCAUGGGGGUCUCUUGGGGAAAAAUUGGGAGUUGAAGAGAGAGGACCGUGGGUUAGGCUUAACAUGGGUUGUGUUUGGUCAAGAAGUGAAAGAUGUAAGCUACCUAGCCGGCCCUAUGGUGGCUGUGAAUUGGUCACUCUUCUUUCUGCAAAUUAUUUCAUUGAUGAUGGUGGGUCAUUUGGGCAAGCUUGCUCUCUCAAGUACUGCGAUUGCCAUCUCUCUCUGUGCUGUCUCUGGGUUCAGCGUUAUUUAUGGACUAUCAUGUGCACUGGAAACUCUAUGUGGGCAAGCCUAUGGAGCUCAGCAAUAUCGAAAAUUUGGUGUUCAGAUUCACACUGCUAUCUUCUGUCUUACUUUAUCUUGCCUCCCUCUGUGUCUUUUGUGGAUGUUCUUGGGCAAGCUGCUUGUCUUCAUUGGUCAAGAUCCUUUGAUUUCACAUGAAGCAGGCAAAUUUGCAGUGUGCCUCAUUCCUGCUCUCUUUGGUUAUGCAACACUUCAGGCACUAAUUCGAUUCUUCAUGAUGCAGAGUUUGAUCAGUCCACUUUUCGUAACUUCUUCGGUUACUCUUUGUUUCCACUUGGUUUUCUGUUGGGUACUAGUUUUUAAAUUUGGAAUUGGUUGCCUAGGAGCAGCUUUUGCUAUUGGUGCUUCAUAUUGGCUGAAUGUAAUGUUGCUUGGAUUAUAUAUGAAAUUCUCUAGUUCAUGUGCAAACACCCGGGUUUCAAUUUCCAUGGAGCUUUUCCGAGGGAUUAGAGAGUUCUUUAGCCUUGCUGUUCCUUCCGCUGCAAUGGUUUGCUUUGAAUGGUGGUCAUUUGAGCUGCUCACCUUGAUUUCCGGUCUUCUGCCAAAUCCAGAGCUUGAAACUUCCAUCUUAUCCGUAUGUGUAUCAACAACCACAACAAUCUUUACAAUACCCGAAGCAAUUGGCUCAGCAGCAAGCACUAGAGUUUCAAAUGCAUUAGGAGCUGGAAGUCCACAAGUGGCACGCGUUGCUGUUUUUGCUGCUGUGUUUCUAGCUUCUUCUGGGGCUCUUUUGAUGAGCUCGAUCAUGUUUGCUGGCAAAAAUGUUUUAGGUUACGUUUUUAGCAAUGAGGGGGAUGUUGUGGACUAUGUCAGAGAUAUGGUUCCUCUAUUAUGUCUCUCUGUUAUAAUGGACUCCUUAAAUGGUACCCUUUCAGGUAUUGCUAGGGGAAUUGGUUGGCAGCAUCUAGGGGCAUAUGUGAACCUUGGAUCUUACUAUGUUCUUGGCAUUCCAAUAGCCGCAAUGUUGGGUUUCUGGGUAGGCUUGAGAGCAAAAGGCCUUUGGAUUGGAAUAACGAUUGGUUCAACAUGCCAAGUGGUUCUGUUAUCUAUCAUAAUAAGCUGUACAGAUUGGAAAAGGGAGGCAAGAAAUGCAAGGGAGAGGGUUCUUCACGGAAGAUUGUCAGCAGAAAAUGAGCCAAUUUGAGCAAUUAGGGCAUUUUACUCAGAAGGUCUGAGCUUUUGGUGACUAUUGGUAAAGCUUCUGUCUGUAAUUUCAGAAACAAGGGAUCAACUUGCGCUCUUAUCAAGGAAGCAAAUUUUUUGAGAAUGAGUAGACUUACCUUUUAGAAACAACCACGGAAACAAGUGGUAUCACUUGAUCAAAUGACAUCACAGCCUCAAAUUUUUGUCUGUUGGGUUUAUAGUUAGUGUUCUAUAUGUGGCAGAAUUUUUUUUUUGGUGCUAUUUUUUUGCCAACAUUUUUGUGCUAGCUUCUCUGUGCAAAUAUGUAAAAUACCCGUAUACAAUAUGUAUUGACUUAAGCAACUUCACAUAGCACACUCAAUAUUAGCUCGUGUUAUUGAUGUAAGUUUUCACCAGA